AUGGAAACCGUACCUAGUGAAACCGAUCUGUUAAGUAUGGCCAGCCUUGACUUAGGUGAGCCGUCUGGUAUGCCUUCCACAGACUCGCGGAAUAGAAUUCAAAUUGUCAUUCUGCUUAACGAUUCUAGUGAUGUUUAUGGAACUGUACCUCAAAUGGAAUAUUCCACUGUGGGCUUUACAGCAGAGCUGCAUCUGUUUCUGGAUAUCUUCAGAAUGCCUUGUGAAAGUUUUUGGUGUCAAAGUGAAGUUGAGUUGCCCAAGAGUGAAGAGGUUGUCAUAAGACUUCGACCACAUGAGAUCGAUGUGAGGAAAGGAUAUGGUGAUUUGGGCAGCAUUGCUGUGACCUGA